CUAAUAUGGUGCGACCUUUUCCUUUUGUGCAGCUCCAGAAGAAGUUUCAGCUGUUGCUUGUGACGAUAAACCAGAUCGUUUGGAAAUGGCUCAGCUUUAUAAUGAGAUGUGCAAAGUACUUGGACAAAAUGCCAAUGAAUCGAUGGAGGCAUUUUUAGCAAACAAACCAGCAAGUUUCAAGUUGAAGAAGAAUCUCCUUCCACUAGAGACCAUCUAUCAAGAUAUAAACAGAAUCCUCUCUCCAGUUCAGUAGGAUUCUUCUAGUAUAGAACCUCAGAUACAAAAAGAAGAUUCACACUCGGAAAUGCCAACUGAAAUUGCAGGACCCAAUUUGCUGUCAACACUGCAGGGAGACGAACACAAGUCUGGUCCAGAGGCAACAACAGUGAAGUCAGGCCCUGAAACAGAAUGUAAUAAUAGAUCAACAACAGGGCCAGAUUUUGAAAAAGGAAAGAGUAAUUCGCCUGCUUGUGAAGUCGUUCCUGCUGCUGCAGAUUCAUUUCCACCUCAGACUGAACCUAUAUGUUCAACCAAUGGAACUGGAGAUGAUGUGGAAAUGAAAGAGUUGUGUGAUGCUGAUUCAAGUGCCGAUGAACCAACUAAAGAAAGCGCCGAUAAAUCGGACCCUGGGGUCAUUGUUUUGGAUGAUUAAAACUAAUACAAG